CAGCAUCAGGCCGGAUGUGACGUCCUCGAGCUGUGUAACUGUUUCCUGUCUGUCAGACUGAUCUCCUCCAUGGUGUAACCUAACAGAGACUGUUUCUCUGGUUUUAAACUGUUUUAACUGAACUUUACUGAAACUAUUAACUCAACAGCUUCCAGGAUGAACGCGCUGCAGCUGGUCAGAACCUGCAGAACCUUUAAUACAUCCAUGGUCAGAACCUGGAGAGGUUUCCACGUGACGGCGCCCGCGAUGACCUUUGACAUGAGGAAGGUUGAACUAAUGCCCCUGGAGCAGCGGAAGCUCACCUUCGACUCCCACUCCAUGGUGACGGAGCUGGAGAGCAGCGGUUUCGAGAAGCGUCAGGCGGAGCUGAUCGUUUCAGCUCUCGUCACUCUGGCGACGGCCAACAUGGACAUCGUUUAUAAAGACAUGGUGACCAAAUCACACCAGGAAAUCGCGCUGCAGCAGAUCAUGGCUCACCUGGACUCCAUCAGGAAGGACAUGGUGAUCCUGGAGAAGAGCGAGUUCGCCAACCUUCGCUCUGAAAACAUGAAAAUGAAGCGAGAGUUGGAGCAGCUACAAAACAGACUGAAGGAGGAGAGUCUGAAAGUCCGAGCAGAAACCAAACUGGACAUCAACCUGCAGAGCAGCCGGAUCACUGACGGGUUUACUGAACAGGAGAAGAAGCUGAUGGAGGCCAGUACAGACUUCCAUCACAAGAAAGCCGACCUCGAACACGACAACAUGGAGAUCAACAGGAAGAUCGACCUGCAGGUGGCGUCGCUCAAAACCGUCCUGGAGUCCCUCAAACUGGAGACGGUCCGCUACCUCGCAGCGACGGUGUUCUCCUGCCUCGCCAUCGCUCUGGGAGUCUACCGCUUCUGGAGGUGAAGGAUCCACCGUGAACUCGUUUAACAAAGUGGUUCCAGUGAACUCGACGACACUGAGAUCUGUGGAGUUUAAAAACCUGCUGCUGCUUCAAAAUGUCACCACUUAAUGUUUAAAGUAAAGUUUAACUUAAGUCGAAGUAUUGUUGGCAAAAUGUACUUAAAGGAUCAAAAGUAAAAGUACUCAGUACGCAGAAGAAUUGUAAGCACUGGUACUGUAAAGUACCUAUAACACAUGGACUCGAGUACUGUAUAUAAGUACUGUCGAGGUAUUUAUACGUUACUUGAGUAUUAAUGCUACUUGAUAAUCUACAUCACAACAUUUAAUUUACUUAAAGAAGUACCAGUACAACCGUGUAAAAAUACUCUUUACAAGUAAACUGAAUGAUAUUAAAUGCAGGACUUUUACUUGUAACAGAGUACUUUUAAAUUGUGGUAUUACUACUUUUACUUAAGUAAAUGCACUUCUUCCAACAGUAAAUAUUUCCCUCGUACAUGUGGUGGGCUAGAGAUAUAAAGCAGCACGUAAAGGUACAAGUACAAGUACCUCAGAAGUGUUCUUAGUUCACACUAUCUGCAUGAAGUAGUGAAAACAUUUUGGGUGAGUUUAAAAGCACAUUUUGAUAUCCGUAACCCGCGUUGCCAUGGAAACAUUUUUAUUUUAUUGUCAGAACGAUAACUGCAUAUUUAAUGAAGCUGUUUAUUUUUAUUAUUUUUAUUUAAUUGUGUUGAAUCUGAUGUUUCAUUAUUGAUUAUUGAUUUAAAUGUGUUUGACGUUAAGAAUAAACUGAUUCUCUGUUGGACGGCAGAAUGAAAACACAAAUAAAGAUUUUAAAUAAAAAGAUA